AUGGAAGCAAAAGAAGAGCAAGAAAAGAUGACAGUAGACAAAAUUAUAGAAGAAAGGAGAAAGAGAGAAGCAGAAGAGAGGAGGAAAAGGAUAAGGGAAUCAAAAUAUAACAAACAUUAUAGAAAAAUCGCCAAAGAGGAGUUACCAAAAUACUUAGAAGGGAGGAUGAAAUGGAAAGACAGAAAAAUAUUAGCAAGAUUCAGAUGUGGAAACGAAACCAAAGCAAGGGAAUACUGGAAAGAAGAGGGAGAAAAAAGAUGCAGGCUAUGUAAAAGGAAAGAAAAAGACCUGAGACACGUAAUAAAAGAGUGCGAAAUAACGGAAGGAUCAAAGGACACAGAAAAAAUACUAAAGAAGACUGGAGAAGAACUAAUAGAAUUGAAAACAAUAAUGGCGAAGAGAAGGGCAAUACAAGACGGGGAGGAACGACAAUAA